AGUUUUGUAACAGGGUCACGUUGCGCUGCGGCACUGAACGAACAGACCUCCAAGCAGCAGCAAUCCACCGUCUACUCUCCUCUACACGGAAGACAACACCUGCCCAUAACGUAUUUAACUAGAUAACUACAAUAUUAUCAGGAUGCCUCACCAGUACCCAGCCCUGACCACAGAACAGAAGAAGGAGCUGCAGGAGAUAGCAGAGAGGAUCACGGCUCCAGGGAAAGGAAUCCUGGCUGCAGAUGAGUCCACCGGCAGCAUGGGUAAGCGUCUCAACCCCAUCGGGGUAGAGAACACAGAGGAGAACCGUCGUCUGUAUCGCCAGCUGCUGUUCACGGCCGAUGAGAGAAUGGAUGCUUGUAUUGGGGGCGUGAUCUUCUUCCACGAGUCUCUCUACCAGAACACUGAUGACGGGACCAACUUUUCCCAGCUCAUCAAGGACAGGGGGAUUGUAGUGGGCAUCAAGGUGGAUAAAGGUGUUGUCCCCCUUGCCGGAACCGAUGGAGAGACCACAACCCAGGGUCUGGACGGCCUGGCAGAGCGUUGUGCUCAGUAUAAGAAGGAUGGAGCAGACUUCGCUAAGUGGCGUAGCGUCCUGAAGAUCAGCGACAACACCCCCUCAGAACUCGCCAUCAUGGAGAACGCCAACGUACUGGCACGCUACGCCAGCAUCUGUCAACAGAACGGCAUCGUUCCCAUCGUGGAGCCUGAGAUCCUUCCUGACGGAGACCACGACCUGAAACGGUGUCAGUACAUCACUGAGAAGGUUCUGUCUGCGGUGUACAAGGCCCUAUCAGACCACCACGUCUAUCUGGAGGGGACCCUGCUGAAGCCCAACAUGGUUACUCCCGGACACUCCUGCCCCCAAAAAUACACUAAUGAGGAGAUCGCCAUGGCUACGGUCACUGCCCUCCGCCGCACCGUACCCCCUGCCGUCACAGGUGUGACGUUCCUGUCAGGGGGCCAGUCAGAGGAGGAGGCCAGUAUUAACCUGAAUGCUAUCAACACCUGUCCUCUGGGUAAACCCUGGGCCUUGACCUUCUCUUAUGGUCGUGCCCUGCAGGCCUCAGCCCUCAACGCCUGGAGAGGAGAGAGAGACAACGAGAAGGCUGCUGCAGAAGAGUUCCUUAAACGGGCUGAGGUGAAUGGUCUGGCUGCUCAGGGAAAGUAUGAGUCAACAGGAGACAGCGGAGCGGCGGGACAGUCUCUCUACGUGGCCAAUCACGCGUACUGAACACCCCAGGCCACGCCAACAUCACAACCCACCGCUGCAGCCCCUCCCCUCACCCACCCACCAACCACAGACCUGCGUUGUCUACCGUAUUUUUUAGAAACACCACCGUUGUCAUGGCAACAUAACGAUGUGGUUAAUAUGAGUAUUAAUUAGUAUGGGGAGUUGAUGCUGAAGGGAGAGAGGGCGGUAUCAUGAAGAAGCUUUAUUAAGUCCCAAAUUGAAUCCUAUUCCCUAUACAGACCUGGUCUAAAGUAGUGCACUAUAUAGGGAAUAGGGUUCCAUAGGGCUCUGGUCUAAAGUAGUGCACUAUAUAGGGAAUAGGGCUCUGGUCUAAAGUAGUGCACUAUGUAGGGAAUAGGGUGCCAUAGGGCUCUGGUCUAAAGUAGUGCACUAUAUAGGGAAUAGGGUUCCAUAGGGCUCUGGUCAAUAGUAGUGACCAACCAGAGAGAAGAUAACAUCAGAUAGGGACCAAUCAGAUACUAGAUUACAUCAGACAGACACCAGGGUGUGAAGUGUUGAGUUCCAGUUAGGAAUGAGUAAGAAGAGAGGGAUGAGAGAGAGGGGGAGAGAGAGGAGAGAGAUAGUGAGAGGAGGGAGAGCGAAAGAGGAGAGAGAGAGGAGGGAGAAUGAGAGGAGGGAGAGAGAGGAGAGAGAUAGUGAGAGGAGAGAGAGAGGAGAGAGAGAGAGGACGGAGAGCGAAAGAGGAGAGAGAGAGGAGGUAGAGAGAGAGAGGAGGUAGAGAGAGAGAUGAGAGAGAGGACGGAGAGAGAGUACCAAUGUCAGCUAGAGACUGAACACAAAGGGUGGAAGGACAGACAAACAGUUAACCACUGACCACCAAGUCUCAUCCUCUAACCUCUGACCACCAAGUCUCAUCCUCUAACCUCUGUCUGUUUCUCACACACCUAACUAUCUAGCUGUCAAUCAGUCAAUAAACUACUGAUAAUAACUGUAUUACUUGCCAUCUAAAACAGUCGCUGGGAUUGGCCAGUGUGUUUUAACAGUUUGUGGGAACGGGCCAGUGUGUUUUAACAGUUUGUGGGAACGGCCAGUGUGUUUUAACAGUUUGUGGGAACGGCCCAGUGUGUUUUAACAGUUUGUGGGAACGGGCCAGUGUGUUUUAACAGUUUGUGGGAACGGCCCAGUGUGUUUUAACAGUUUGUGGGAACGGCCAGUGUGUUUUAACAGUUUGUGGGAACGGCCAGUGUGUUUUAACAGUUUGUGGGAACGGCCAGUGUGUUUUAACAGUUUGUGGGAACGGCCAGUGUGUUUUAACAGUUUGUGGGAACGGCCAGUGUGUUUUAACAGUUUGUGGGAACGGCCAGUGUGUUUUAACAGUUUGUGGGAACGGCCCAGUGUGUUUUAACAGUUUGUGGGAACGGCCAGUGUGUUUUAACAGUUUGUGGGAACGGCCCAGUGUGUUUUAACAGUUUGUGGGAACGGCCAGUGUGUUGUCUGGGAAUACUGCACUCCUCUGAUUAUAAUACUAGCUUUAAAGUACACAAUCAAUGUGUUAUUAUGUGUUGUGUUGUGAGAGCGACCGUGUAGUUAUUAUGUGAUGCUUCUGUGUCUUACUCGCCCCCCUCUCCCCCACCGGUGGAACAGUCCGGAGGUGAGGGUGAAUCCUAUUGGCUGGUCUGGGUGGAGUGUGGGGUUUGUAGGGGGGACCAGUCAGUCACUACUGCGUUGGAAUACUGUGACGUUUGUUGAUGUUCCUUUGUUUGUUUGUUUGUUGUUCUCUAAAACGCUUGUUGUGAUGAAUAGUGGGGGAAAAACUAACAGAAAAUCUACAAUAAAUAUUACAAAAUAGUUAGAAACA